AUGGACCGGCCUCACACUCCGUCUCUGCCGCCAGACUAUGCUCUGCCAUCCUACGACGACGAACAUGACGAUACUCCGACAGGUCAAGGCGGUAAUGCCGCUGCUGUUCGUCUGUUGACUUCAAUGGAAGAACCCAUAUCAGAGGGAAGACCGUAUGUACAGCAGCUUUCUCAGCCCCCUCCUGCUCUCACUCGACAGAUCUCGGAAUCGCUAGAUGUUGCGACUCCAGAGUAUCUAGCUUCUCUCAAACAACAGGAAGAGGCUACAUCUCCAGUAAAGCCGUCUCCCACGAAGGUCAAGUUUGCCGCUGCCUCGCCAAUUGUAACAGGCUCUCCACGACGGAAGCCAGUUGCGAACGGCGAGAAGGACAAGCAGAAGCCAGCUCGAUCUUCAACAGUCAAGCUCCAAAGGAAGAACAAGCCGGCAUAUGUCCUGCAGGCCGAGAUUGCAGCGACAUUGCCGGUCAUUCCUGAGGGCUCCUCCCCUCGGAGGGAAUCGCUCAAGAAGUCUUCGAGCGAGCCACCUACCCCAACUUCAGUCCCUACUGAUGAUGCGACUGUCUCUAUUCCACUUGGACCUGAUGGCGAUGAUGUGUUCGGGCCAGAGUCUUCAGACCUUGGCGAUAAGCGAGGGUCAUAUGGGGGCUCCCAAGUAACCUUGAACGAGGAGAUAGACCCAAUGGACGAAAAGUACGAGCAUUAUGGCCCAGCGCCCGACGGUCAACAAGAGAGACGCGGUGUCCGCCCUCCCCAGAUGAGCAGGAAAGAGGUUCAGCUUAUCAACGGCGAGCUUGUGCUUGAGUGUAAAAUCCCCACAAUCCUCUACAGCUUUUUGCCUCGACGAGACGAGAUCGAGUUCACGCAUAUGCGAUACACCGCUGUUACAUGCGACCCAGACGACUUUGUGGACAAGGGUUACAAACUUCGCCAGAACAUAGGACGGACUGCGCGAGAGACCGAGUUGUUCAUUUGCGUCACCAUGUACAACGAAAAUGAGAUCGACUUCACUCGAACGAUGCACGCCGUCAUGAAGAACAUCAGCCACUUUUGCAGCCGCAACAAGUCAAGAACCUGGGGCGAGCUUGGAUGGCAGAAGAUUGUUGUGUGCAUCGUUUCGGACGGACGAGAGAAGAUCCACCCUCGGACUUUGGAUGCCCUGGCUGCAAUGGGUGUUUACCAGCAUGGUAUCGCCAAGAACUACGUCAACCAGAAGGCAGUGCAAGCUCACGUUUACGAGUAUACCACCCAAGUCUCGCUAGACGCGGACCUGAAGUUCAAGGGCGCAGAGAAGGGUAUUGUUCCCUGCCAAAUGAUCUUCUGCCUGAAGGAGAAGAAUGCGAAGAAACUCAACUCUCAUCGAUGGUUCUUCAAUGCCUUUGGAAAGGCCCUGAACCCGAACGUCUGCAUUCUCCUCGAUGUUGGAACUAAGCCUGGAGGCAACUCUCUCUACCAUCUAUGGAAGGCAUUCGACACCGAUUCUAACGUUGCUGGUGCUUGUGGUGAAAUCAAAGCAAUGAAGGGCAAAUGGGGUGUCAAUCUUCUAAACCCUCUUGUCGCCUCUCAAAACUUCGAGUACAAGAUGUCAAAUAUUCUUGACAAGCCACUUGAGUCUGUCUUUGGCUACAUCACCGUGUUGCCUGGAGCUCUCAGUGCCUACCGAUACCACGCGCUGCAGAACGACGAAACGGGUCACGGCCCACUCAGCCAAUACUUCAAGGGUGAGACGCUGCAUGGUCAACAUGCGGAUGUCUUUACAGCCAAUAUGUAUCUGGCAGAAGAUCGUAUUCUCUGCUGGGAGCUGGUGGCGAAGCGUAAUGAGAGAUGGGUCCUGAAAUACGUCAAGGGAUGCCAUGGUGAAACUGAUGUGCCUGAUUCUGUUCCCGAAUUCAUCUCGCAACGUCGACGAUGGUUGAAUGGCGCUUUCUUCGCUGCGGUGUACUCUCUUGUGCACUACAAACAGAUUUGGCAGACUGAUCACACCAUCACCCGCAAGGUCCUGCUCCACAUUGAGUUCUUCUACCAGUUCAUCCAGCUCCUGUUCACCUACUUCUCCCUGGCAAACUUCUACCUGGCUUUCUACUUCAUCGCUGGUGGUCUAGCUGACCCUCUUAUCGACCCCUUUGGCCACAAUAUCGGCAAGUACAUCUUCAUUGUCCUGCGAUACACAUGUGUCCUCCUCAUCUGUACGCAAUUUAUCUUGUCCCUCGGCAAUCGACCUCAAGGCGCGAAGAAGCUCUACAUGGGUUCGAUGAUCAUCUACUCCAUCAUUAUGGUCUACAAUACUUUCGCCACGAUCUAUAUCGUAAUACGACAGUUGAAGCCCAAAGAUGGUGACGAUUCAGAUCUCAAGCUCGGAAGCAACGUGUUCACGAAUUUGAUUGUGUCAAUCCUGUCAACUGUCGGUCUGUACUUUAUCAUGUCAAUCAUGUAUCUCGAUCCUUGGCACAUGAUCACUUCAGUGGCGCAGUAUUUUGUCUUGCUACCAUCAUACAUCUGCACGCUGCAGGUGUACGCCUUUUGCAACACGCACGACGUGACCUGGGGCACCAAGGGCGACAACGUGAUGAAGACGGACCUGGGCGGGGCCAUCGGCAAGGGCUCGACGGUGGAGCUGGAGAUGCCGUCGGAACAGCUCGACAUCGACUCGGGCUACGACGAGGCGCUGCGCAACCUGCGUGACCGUGUCGAGGUGGCCGCGCCUGCCGUCAGUGAGAGCCAGCUGCAGGAGGACUACUACAAGAGCGUGCGCACGUACAUGGUCAUGUCGUGGAUGAUCGCCAACGCGGUUCUCGCCAUGGCCGUCAGCGAGGCGUAUGGCGGCAAGUCCAUCGGCGACAACUUCUACCUCAGCUUCAUCCUGUGGAGCGUGGCGUCCCUGGCGGCGUUCCGCGCCAUCGGGUCGACGACGUUUGUGGUGAUCCACUUCAUCAACAUGAUUGUGGAGGGUCGCGUGCGGAUGAGUUUGAAGAUGCCGAAGUGGGCAGGUGGUAUGGGCAGUCGCAUGAGUGAGACGUUGAGUAGCAUUGGAAGCAGUGUGAGGAGCUAA